GUUAUUGUUACAUUUUAAUAAAGUAUUAAACUGCUUCUAAAUACAGCGAGAUUUUAAUUUCAAAUCCAAUGAUGUACAGUUUUAUUACUUACUUAUGAAUUUCAAGAGCCGUUGGGGCAGCUGUUAUUAAUAACAAGAAGAGCGGUCAGACAAGGACAAGAGAAGUCGCCGGUAUGUCAGCAAUCUAAAGUGAACAUGUUGCAGCUUUAUUAUCGUCUUCUUUUAUAUAACGACGACCAUAUUACGUAAGAAUCAAUGUUGACACGCGCUGAAAUAAUAUCUAGAAGAAGAUUCAUAGAUUGUGCAUAUACAGUAGCAAUGUGCGUUUGAAACGAAUGCAAUCUGACCUUUGUUUCGUAGAUUUUCAGUAUAAAUAAUGUUUAACCUAACUGUGACAGACGAAAUUUUGCAAGAGCUGAAUGAUGAGAAGGCACGUGCGCUUAUUCCUGCCAUGGUGUUCUGUGGAUUGCUUAUGGCGUUUGGGACAGUUGGCAACAUUCUUGUUGUGUUCUUUUACGGUUUUAAGUCAAAAACUACUUCCGCCACGUGCUUUAUCUUAGCUUUAGCCAUUUUCGAUCUUGUAGCCUGCUUGUUUGGAAUACCAAUAGAAAUUUCGGAUAUGCGUCUGUUCUACUUGUUUAAAAGUAUACCUGCAUGUCGUCUGCUUGUUUUUGUCAACCAUUUUGCUGUAAUUGCUUCUGCAUUCACACUGUGUUUCAUAGCAAUUGAUCGCUACAAAAGGAUUUGCAAACCCUUUGACAAGCAGAUGUCAGUGAAACGAGCAAGACUGAUUUGUGGCAUAUGUGCGGGUCUUGGAGUUCUACUUGGAUGGCCAUCCGUGGCAUUGUAUACUGUAGAAAAUGUAGAUAUUAAUACGACAUAUGAAAAUGAACCUGUUGUUAUAACUGGGUAUGAUUGUACUUCUGUUAAAGCGGAAGUGUACUCUCCUUAUCUCUGGACGUACAGUGUAAUACAGUUUGUUGGGUUUCUCGGAAUCACUAUUGCCCUUGUCGUCUGCUACUUUCUUGUGGGGCGCCAAUUAUUCAAGCAUAAAAAAUUUCGAUUUUAUGUAGCUCAGAAUGGACUUCGGCGAACUGCAAGUGGUACUGUUACAUCCAUGACAACAUCGAACACUGAGUAUUCGUCUGACCCCGCAAUGACCUCUAUCCCUAUAGCCUCGAUACCAGAAGAAGAUGAAGACGAACUAGAGGAAGUUGAAUACGAAGGUCCGGAUGAUGACCCUCCUAUGAUGCAAGAAUCAAUUCCGGACCUACGCGAACUUUUGGAAUUAGAUGCAGGCGGUUUACCAGAUAUUGAUGAAGACAGACCGCCUUCUGCAUUGCGAGAUUUUCUUAGUGAAAGUGCCCCUAAUUCUAGUAGACUGAGUAGACCAAAUUCAAUUUUAACUGACAUUAGUGGAAGAUCUAAGGGUAGCAUAAUGACUGUAAGAAGUGUUGUAAUAUGCGACGAGAGUGAAAACCAAAUAUUUGACAUUGAGCCACGUGAUAGAAACGUUGCGCCAACAUGGCGACCAAGAAGUGCUCUUAGUGACUCCACGUGGUCAAACAGUAUCACCCGACCCGGAAGUGCUUGUAGUAUAAACACUAUUUCUCGUCCCUCUAGUGUCACAUCAUUGCAAAGCCUAACCGAAACUGAAAACUCUACUAACACAAAUACAAAGACACAUACACUUUUCGGCUCAACGAAAGCUUCGAGCCAGCUCAAAAGAACACGUAGUGAAGGGUUUACAGAUUCUCGUCCGGUUAAAAGGUCGGGUAGCAAUAGGAGUACAUCGAGCAAACCUGGUGGUAUAAGAAGAACUGUAAGCGAGGGGAGUGGUAUAAAAAGAACGAACAGUAACGGGAGUGUUUCAUCGCGUCUAAGACGCACCGGAAGUACCGAAAGUACGAAAAUGAACACCGACACAGAUAAUUUAAAAGACAUGCGAAUGAAAAUGCUCGAUAUCAAUACAAUAAAAUACACAUUUAUAAUGAUCAUUAUUGCUGUAGUGUUCAUAUGCAGCUGUGUACCGUAUUUGGGUUUAGCAGUUUGGCGCGUGUACGCAGACGAAAAUUUAGUAUAUGAAUUCAAUAAUGUGCAACUUGUGUGGUUCCAAAUUGGAAUUAGAUCAUAUUUUUUGAACUGUGCUAUCAAUCCGUUUAUAUACGGAUUUUUCAAUUCUCAGUUUAGAGCUUACUUUUAUAAGGCCUGUUGUUCAUGUUGUCAAGAUAAAGAAAAGGUCUCCGACACGGACGGAAAGUAAACUCGCCAUAAUCCAUAGCUCAUGUAUCUAUUUCUUUACUAAGAAACUGUACCUUACACCAAGCUCUGUAUCUACAUUACUUGUUGGAGAUAUUCAUUUGGACGGCCUUACGCAGUAUCCUAGCUAAUCAUCAAGAAGAAAAGAACAUGCUUUCAUAUAUAAUUAAAUACAUAAUACAAAU